AAGAUUCUCAUGACAUGGUUGAACUCAAGUCUAUCCGCCAACGAAAGUGAACUUGGAACACCUUAGCACGUUUAUAUUCCCUGCCCCCUCCCAAAUGUCUGCGAAUUCGCAGAGGAAGUCAGCAUCAUCUCAUUAUAGCUCCUUCCAUCGACUCAGAACCCAAACUGUCUUGGCACACGCGUGCUUUUCGGAGGACUAGCCCGGAACAUGCGAUACUUUUCAGAACAAUUGCAAUUCUUCGAGAUGCAGAUCAGUGGAAACUGUACAUGCGAGCAAGAUAACUGACGGCCCGAGGUCAGAUGUUGAAGUGUAUAAGAUCAGAUAAUGCCGCACGAAAUGCCCUUUCGCUCGCAAAUACCGAGACAUCCUCGGACCUACAAACUAUUAUGGCUCGCAGAUUAUCCACCAUAGUCAGUCAAACCAGCGGAGGCUCGUCAAUCUCUACGUGGCUAUCUUCACUUGAAAAGGGUGGCCAAUGGCCUGAUAUCAACUAUACAGCUGGAUGUAAUGCACAAGCCGCGAACUGGCCUGCGCAAGGGCAUUGGAGUCGCAUUGUCACAUUUGCUGCGGCUUGGCACGGAGGUCUUAAGGAUGCUUCGCAAUAUGCUCAAAACUCCUCCUUAAGAACCGCAAUCUCUUCGGCAAUGGGCUACUGGUUCUCACACGACUUCACAAAUCCUGCCUGCCUUGACUCUGGAGGAACCAGUACUUGCCCAUGUGGAACGCCUGGUCUCUGGAAUACUAAUUGGUUCUCUAAUAUCAUUGGUAUACCUGGUUAUGUUGGAGAAACGUGUCUGCUUUUGGGUGGCAGUCUCACGGAAACUGAGGUCGCUAAUUGCACGCGAUUCACGGGUCGAGCUUAUGGGACGUUCCAAACUGGAAUACGUGGCAUGAGUGCUAUCACAGGUUCCAAUACCUUGGAUAUAGCCAGUAUCGGGGUAGACGAAGGUCUUCUGCUUUCGAAUACGACACUCGUUUCGAGUGCAUAUCAGAGGAUUAACAACGAGGUAGAGAUACAAACCGUAGCCAAGUCAGAUGGAAUCAAAUCGGACGGCGGAUUCUUCCAACACACUUUGUUGUACAACGGUAAUUAUGGCAAAGACUACGCUAACGACGUCUUUGGUCUUGCCAUAGAAGCAGGUGGCACACAGUUUCAGGCAAGCAACAGUUCAAUAGCCGCUUUUACGGAUUUGUUGAGCGGAAGCCAAUGGAUGAUCUUCCGCAAUACAUUAACAAAUGUGCUACAUUGGGACUUUCUUCAAUUACUAGGAGAAGAAUGGCAAUCAGAUGAGCUCCAACAAGUCUACACAAAUCUCAUCGUAAACACAUCAGAUGCGAAUUCAGGAGCACUCCAAGGCAACCGAAUGUUCUAUUCCAGCGAUUAUAUGGUCCAACGCGGUGGCGGUUAUGUCACUACGCUGAAGAUGAAAGCAAAGCGCAUAGGAAACUCUGAAUGUGUCAAUGCUCAAAGUCCUUAUGGUUUCCAUCUCAGUGACGGUACUGUAUACAACUAUUUGCAGGGCAAUGAAUAUGAGGACAUAGCGGCUGCUUGGGACUGGAAUCUUAUACCAGGCAUAACAGUUGAUUAUGGGGCGACCACCUUAGGUUGCAGCACGACGAAAAGGACGGGUGACCAAUCGCUUGUUGGUGGAGCGUCUGACGGGAACAUUGGUGUAGCUGCCAUGCGUUACGAAAAUCCUUUAACAAAAAGUUUGAAUUGGCGUAAAACGUGGUUUUUCCUCGACAACGAUGUUCAAUACGUGAUGGUAGCACAAAUUACGUCCACGACGCAGGCGCCGGUGUUUUCUGUCUUGGACCAACGCAAACUUAACGGCCAGGUGUAUGUGGAAUCUUCGACUACAAAAGGAGUUGUUGGGGGAAGUGGGAACUUUACACAAGUUUCGUCCCUGUGGCAUGGUGGCAUGGGAUACUCAUUUGACAGUUCCAAUGCUGCGACGAAACUUUCCUUGAGUGUUGGUCCGCGGUCAGGCUCUUGGUCGUCCAUUGGCAUAUCAAAGCAACCGAGCUCCACUGUCGAUCUCUUCGCAGCGUGGUUGUAUCACGAUAACAUCAGCGCUCCAGUCUCGUAUGCAGUCUAUCCCGCCACGACGUACAGUGGAUUUCAGCAAAAAGCGCAGAGUUCGAAUCUUCGAUCGCUUCGCAAUGACGGCGUGAUGUCCGCUUUGCUGGAUGUCACACAUCAUGUCGUGAUGAUAGUAUUCUGGGAGACGAAUGGGGGAAAGGUGGUGGUGCCAGCGGUAAACGGAACAGCGUCACUAACGGUUACUUCGAAUGGUACAGCAAACGUUAUCAUUCAUACAGAUAGCUGGUCUGUUACAGCGUCUGAUCCAACUCAACUUCUCUCGAGACUUACUCUGGGCUUCACCCUUGGUUCGGGGGCAAUACCUGCGGGGUGGGGUUCAUCGCAGGCCAAAUCGUGGACUGUUGAGCUGCCGUCUGGGGCGGAUGCUGGUAGUAGUGUGACACUCUCGUUAGCAUAAUUGCUCGAAGGGCAAACUAGCGUUUCGUUUUUUUGUGAUGAAAAUAUCAAUAUUACCAUAGGAAUAGCGCAGUUGUUUUGGUGUUUCAUUUUUUCUAUGGCUUACCACCUCGCUAAGUAGUAUAAACCAAUGUAUCUUGACUCGGGGUCACUAAACUACUUCUGUAAGAGCUGUUACACUCUAUCCGUUUUGUAGG